AUGGACAUCCAACGGGCCCUACACUGUGUGUGGAGGAUAUUAUCAACGGCAUCCCGAGUAACGACAGCAGCACCCAGCCGGUGGCCACACAAGCUGCACGCAAGAUGCUCUCAGCCCGCCCCUAGAUGCCACCCCGGAUGCCGGCCUGGUGCACCCCCUUGUACGCCUCCUGGAGAGGGCAGACAAACUGCCGAGAUCAACGAGGUGGACCGCCUGGGCCAGAUGACUGAGGAGUGCGGCGGACUGGACAAGACUGAGGACUGCAGCACCACGACAACGAGGCCGUGUACGAGAAGGCCCUGGAUGGAUAUCAUCGAGAAGUGUUCCGGCGAGGAGGAGGGCCCCGAGGUGAGCAGCACCACCAGUGGCCAGGCGUACGACUUCUCUGCCGUGAACAACGUGCCUGAGGGUGGAUUCUCUUUCUAGGACUUCAGUGUGUGUGUCUGGCAAGGGAGGAGCAGCAGCAGGCAGGGUGUGUGUGUUCCACGGCGGAAUAAUGUAAUAAUGUAUCUAACCGUCAAUCUCACUUGUCUAAGUGGCCUCUGCAGCAUGUUUUAUUGGGCCUUCAGUGGACCCGCUGGUGCCUCAAUGUUUUACUGGGCCUUCAGUGGACCCGCUGGUGCCUCAAUGUUUUACUGGGCCUUCAGUGGACCCGCUGGUGCCUCAAUGUUUUACUGGGCCUUCAGUGGACCCGCUGGUGCCUCAAUGUUUUACUGGGCCUUCAGUGGACCCGCUGGUGCCUCAAUGUUUUACUGGGCCUUCAGUGGACCCACUGGUGCCUCAGUGUUUUACUGGGCCUUCAGUGGACCCGCUGGUGCCUCAAUGUUUUACUGGGCCUUCAGUGGACCCGCUGGUGCCUCAAUGUUUUACUGGGCCUUCAGUGGACCCGCUGGUGCCUCAAUGUUUUACUGGGCCUUCAGUGGACCCGCUGGUGCCUCUGUGUGUGUUUCAAAAUUGUUUGCUUGAUAGGCUUAAGCUUGAGGAAUUCUUCGGAUUACUUUUCAUAUCAGGUAAUGGCUUUUUUACCUCUUUUUUUUUCUUCCAAUAAAUUUAUCUUUAUAAACUGCCUAAUGCAUUUGCCUCAAAUGAUAUUUUGUAAUA